UUUCAAAAGUUGCUUUCUUAGGCCAUUUUUGAGAAGUUUUAAUUAGAUUUUGUUUUUCUGACCCCAAAGUUUUCUAAAAAUAUCACAUCAUUUUCCAGUUGAAGCACAAUUUCAUACCUUUCCAACGGAUGUCCAUUUAUUAAGUUCUGUACAUUAGAACCGGAGGUAUAAUUUAUAAUAUGAGACAAAACAGCAAAAACAAAAAAAAAAUAAUUAAAGAAAAUUGUGGCGUAUAGGAGAAAAACCAAGAACAGAUUUUUGAUCAGGAGACUCGACUCUACCAAACGUACCAUGUGAGAUCCGUGUGCCAAAUAAAGUUGUCAAUUUGUUGCAUAGUGUAAUAGCUCAGUUGACAGAGCAGUCAUCAGUUAACAAGAGUUCUCCAGUUCGAUCGUGGGUAGAGGCAAGAAUUUUUCCUAUCUCCGCUCCGGAGAAGACUGGAUGAUUUGAGUGUUACUUGCUCUGAAUCAGAGCCUCUGAUUGAUGAUUCUCUACAGAGAAAUGCAAUUGAUAUUGAACAAAAUGUUCGCAAAAUUUUCACAUUAUUAUCAUUUUCAAUCGUUUAUUUCUAUUAGGGUCACGAGCCCAUGACAUCCAGUUUAGCAACCCACGCCUGCCGAUUCUCUUGAAUUUGAUUCAACCACCGUGUCCUAGACCUGCCCCGAGGUUGACGCUUCCUAACAAUGGCUUGCAUAGCUUUUCAGGGGGAAUCUUUCUCGCAAAAUUCUCACAAUAAACCGAAAAUGUCACUUAAAAUGGAACUUACCACGAUCCAAAAUGAACUGCGUUAACAUUCACAAUUCCUAUCUACGAUAUCCCUCUGUAGGAGUAGGUCCUUAUUUAACACUAGGAAUGCUUUUUAAGAGAAUCGGUGCCACUCUAGGUGACAUCUGUUAUGCCAAUUCAAACUCCAACAGGGAGUUUGACCUUUGGGAAGAAGCUAGUACCAACGCUACUAAAACCAUUAGAACUUAAAAUGAUUUUAAGGAGAUCAAGAUAAAACUAGCAGAAAACAUGGUGUAGGAGUGGAAAGGGAAGGACAAGACUCAAUGUAGUUCAUGUUAAAUAUCCAAAGGUUAAUUUGUAGGGGGUCCACCAAAAACUCCAAGUUGGUAUCUCAAUCCGCUUAACCUCUUGUUUUUUCUCACCGUUUGGCCUGCGAUGUAGAUUGUAACAUAAGUUACCGAAGGUAAUAUUUUUUAUUGAACUCUUUUCGAACCGGAACAUAUCCAACGAGCCAGUUUCACGAUAUUUUGAUUAAAAUUGUCUUAGCUCAGGAAUUAAUUAGACUUCAACAAAAAUAUAUCUGGAUUCGGACAUCAUUAUAAUUUGUUUUGUUAUCAAUCCACAAAAAUCGGAUGGGAAGUAACAUAAAUUCAAGUUUUUUCUUUCAAAUUUAGUGCCACUUGUUUCGAUUAGACAAAUUUUGAAUGACUUUGAGAAGUGAUGUACCACUUUUUUUUUAGACGUAUGACCUAAAAAGUAACAACUUUUGCAGCUGUCUCAGCACAUGCUCUCCCAUAAUGGCGUCAAAAAGCAUCGAUGCAGUUUCUGUCCCAGCGCCUUUUCAUGUUCUGCUAAUCUGAGGCUGCACACAAAAGCUCACAAUGAUGAGCGUGAUUACACGUGUCACAAAUGUGGCAAGAGUUUUCUGCGUCCUGAUGCCCUGAACAAGCAUUUAUCGUGCCUCCAUGGCAACGUUAAGGCUUUUCUCUGUCCGAUUUGUAAGAAGAUGUUCAAAGGUCAUUUGCCGCAGCAUAUGCGCAUCCACAAGAACUUGAAGCCACAUGGCUGUGCAGAUUGUGGCACGGCCUUCACGCAGCGUAGUCAGUUGGUAGUGCAUCAGAGGAUUCACUCUGGUGAAAGGCCAUAUCGUUGUCAGGUUUGCUGGCAAGCUUUUGCUCACUCCAGUGUCCUCAAGCUGCAUAUCCGGAAGCAUACGGGUGAGAAGCCUUUCAAGUGUCCACUCUGUGUGGAACAAGAAACAGCUUUCUCACAGCUUCCACAUCUCAAGAAGCAUAUGCAGGCCAUACAUAAACAGGAUAAGCCUUACAUGUGCGAGUCUUGCAAUCAAUUUUUCCGCACCAAGAUCGAGCUUACGCAGCAUAAUAGUGAAUGCACGAAGCAAGAGGAUGCAGAAGUCAAUGGAGGAGGAGAGAGCGAUACUGAGGGAAUGAUUGAGACUCCAAUGGCUCUAAGUCGAAUGCGUCUACUGGUGGCAGUGCUCAUAAAGAAGAUCUCAUCAGAUGAACGUCUCAAGACUUUGGGUUUUGAGAAGAGAUUGAUUGACAAUGUGCUGAUUGAUUCACUGAAAUUUGGCAAGAGGACAGUCUGUGAAGAUGCCACGAAGUCUGAAGCUGAGAGGCUGAAGAUAAAUAUUCGUGAGCUUCUUGAGUGGACAGUUCCACAGCAUUUCAUGGAGAAGUUCAAGAGUGAACAGAAGAGCACAGAAGAAUUGCUCGAGGAAUUAGCCAGUUAAAUAAGGAGUCACAUUUUAAAUCGAUUUUAUUCUAUUCGUAGUAUAAAGAAAAAUAAUGCUUCACCAAAUGGCAUGCAUUCACACUCUUAAAUGUUUGCACAAUAAAUAACAAAGGUGGUGGGAUUAACACUUGUUUAGGAUUAGAUUUCUUCAUUUAAAACAUUCUCUCAAUAUUUGCCAAAAUUUUUAUGGGUGUAGUUUAGUUUUAUUUCAAUUCUAGUCUUCAAUUGCCAUUUUUUAUUAUCUUUUUUUUUUAGGUACAAAUCAAUUUAUGCCAUAUAUUUUACACAUGAGAUAACCCACCUAUCAAAAUAUUUGUGUAGUUCCAAAUGCAAAAAUACGGAAAAAUAAAAUCAAUUGAUGUUAA